AUGAUUAUCUAAAACUUGUAAUUCGAAGAAAUAAUAAUUAAACCAAAGAGUAUUAAAAACAAAAACGCUAUUAAAGAGAAGCUUUAAUCAGAUAAAGUAGAAGAGAUUGAUAUAAAUGAAAUACCACCUUCUCAAAUACUUGAAUUAUUUCCAAAUCAUGUUACUUUAUCAAGUACAAACAUCCUUAGUGAAUUAUUGAAUACAAAUUUGUCCGAUGAUUGCCUAUAUAAAAUCUUAGGGAUCUUAGUUUAAUGGGACAACUAAAAUAAUGUCGAUUUUACAAAGUUAUAUAAGCAAUUAUUUUAUUCACCAAUGUAAUUAUAUUUAUAUAAUUUAUAGUUGUAAGAGCAUUCUAUCAACCAAUUUAAAUUAUAGUAGUGAGAAUCUAAUAAUUAUUGUUAAUCAAUUGAUUUCUGUCUUUUAGUCAGCCAUUUGUGACGAACCUUCUAAAAUUGAAAAUGUAUUUGUUUUAAUCCAUUAAUAUAGAUCACCUCAUGGAUAUCUGUUCUUGUUGAGAAUAAUAAAUUAACUAUGCCAAAAAAAGAAACAUAGAAAUUAUUGGAAUUAUUGAAACAAUAUUAAAAUUAUUAAGAGUCCAUUAGAAAUAUCAAGCGUCUUAUUAAUUUUAGUCCAGUCCAAUAGAAGAGAGAGAAUAAAGUAACCUAAGUUUAUUUUUGA